AUGCAUGGUAGAAGAUCCUUGCAUCCAAGGCUAGAAAAUCCUUUCAUUAUUUCAUUCAAAACUAAAAAUUCGAAAGAAAAAUUAAUUUUGAUAGAUCCUAAAGGAAGUACAGGUCAAAUUGAAAACAAUCCUAUGACCAUGAAAAAUCAUUAUAUCCCUACUUCAUUUCAAAGAGCAUCUAAUAUUAGAGUCCUAUUAGCACCCUGACGUGACUCAGUCGUUGUAUAUUAAAUCACACAAAUAUAAAAUUUAUAAAACUAGAAAAUACGAAUUUUCAGAUAUUUAGAAGUAUUUCUAAAUAAAUAUACUAAUUAUAAUUCAAUAAAAAUUCCAAAAAUAGCGGUAAUUUUCCAGGUCGAUCAUAGGGAUGUAAUAAAAUAUCUGGUAAUUAUUCAGAAUUUUUCUCAAUGAAUACGAUUUUCUUACGAAUUUUAUACUAGGAAAUAAAAAGGAAAUAUAUUUAAAAUUCACAAAAAAAAAGGAAAUAAGGGUGCGGGCGUCAGGAUGAUGUCAGUGCCCAGCAAACGCGAAUCAGGUGAAAAUAGAGUUCCGCCCGGCGAUUCUUACGUAAACGAUUACAAAGGACUCAAUUAAUCAAAUUAAAAUCUGUAAAAGCCGGAAGAAUCGUAAUUUAACGAAGUAUAGUUUGGUAAAUUAAAAUCACACAAAGUAUCACUAAAUGAAGUGUAAAUUAAAUUGAAAGAAGGAAAACAAAGUUCCGGCGUCACGACGGCGAUGCGUCGGCGAUGCACUAGAAUCCUGAGCGUUUGGGAGGAUCGUGCAGUGUCUAUAGCCUUGAAGGCUCUCCUUGGAUAAAGACGACGUGGGCAAUCUCUAGAUCUUCUCGCGAAGUCUAGAGAUCAAUGAAGUGGGUCGUCGAAUCGUCUCCGGCAGCUCUCACCCGGCAGAGCGGAAAAAUAGCGACUUUGCAGCUCUCUGGCGGCUGUCACCCAAUGGAGAGGAGCUGGAUGGAGGUGAGGCGUGUGUUAGGGAGCUUCAUCCUCAGGUCCGCACAGCAAGAGGAGGCUCUUCAUCGCAUUUGGUAUGCUCUCAGGAGGUGGCGACUGGUCUCCCGGCGGAUCAUCCUCUUCCCGAUGACGGCUUGUUCGUCGAUCAAUUGGAGAUGA